CCGCAGCCAGGGCAGAGGGAGCCCCGCUGGACACGGGCACCCGCGAGCCCCGCCGGGAGUCAGGGCGCCCGCGCCAGGGGGCGUUGGUGCUUCCUUCCAGUGCCAGUUGAUCCAUCAAGACCACAUUUGUACUGAUGACAGUGACAAGAUUUUGGGGUUCAGUACACAUGCCUAUCUACUUCCUGUUGCCCUUCACCAGGCACCUGACCAGGAACACUGGCCGUGUUUGCAUGGAAUGAGUGAAGACAGUCCAAGUCCCAAGAGACAACGCCUUUCACAUUCAGUCUUUGACUACGCAGCAGCAUCACCAGCCCCAUCACCGCCAAUGCGCCCAUGGGAGAUGACAUCAAAUAGACAGCCUCCUUCAGCUCGACCAAGCCAACAUCACUUCUCAGGGGAACGAUGCAACACACCUGCACGCAACAGAAGGAGCCCUCCCGUUAGACGCCAGAGAGCAAGAAGAGAUCGCUUGUCUCGACACAAUUCCAUUAGUCAAGAUGAAAACUACCAUCUUCCAUAUGGACAACAACAAGCAAUAGAAGAACCCAGAGCCUUCCACCCACCGAAUGUGUCUCCCCGUAUGUUGCACCCGGCUGCUCAUCCACCACAGCAGAAUGCAGUGAUGGUUGACAUUCAUGAACAGAUCCAUCAGGGCACAGUCCCUGUUUCGUACACGGUGACUACAGUGGCACCACAUGGGAUCCCACUUUGCACAGGUCAGCACAUACCAGCUUGCAACACGCAGCAGGUCCCAGGGUGUUCUGUGGUUUUCAGUGGACAGCAUCUCCCUGUGUGCAGUGUGCCUCCUCCAAUGCUUCAAGCAUGUUCGGUUCAACACUUACCAGUUCCAUAUGCGGCUUUUCCACCCCUUAUCUCCAGCGAUCCAUUUCUUUUGCAUCCUCCGCACCUUUCCCCACAUCACGCUCCACAUCUAUCACCUCCAGGGCAAUUUCUUCCCUUUCAAACACAGCAGUCACGGUCGCCUCUUCAGAGGAUAGAAAAUGAAGUAGAGUUGCUUGGAGACCAUCUUCCUGUAGGAGGUUUUACCUAUCCACCUUCAGCCCAUCCGCCGACAUUGCCUCCAUCAGCCCCUCUUCAGUUCUUAGCGCACGACCCUUUACACCAAGAGGUGUCCUUUGGAGUACCUUAUCCACCUUUUAUGCCUCGAAGACUCACAGGACGCAGCCGGUAUCGAUCCCAGCAGCCAAUACCGCCGCCCCCUUACCAUCCCAGCCUAUUGCCAUAUGUGCUAUCAAUGCUUCCAGUGCCACCCACAGUUGGUCCGGCCUUCAGUUUUGAGCUGGAUGUAGAAGACGGUGAAGUGGAAAACUAUGAGGCACUGCUGAACUUGGCUGAAAGACUGGGAGAAGCUAAACCAAGAGGACUGACGAAGGCAGAUAUUGAGCAACUUCCAUCUUAUAGGUUCAACCCAAAUAACCAUCAGUCAGAACAGACUUUGUGCGUAGUGUGCAUGUGUGACUUUGAGUCGAGACAGCUACUUAGAGUUUUACCAUGUAACCACGAGUUCCAUGCCAAGUGUGUUGAUAAGUGGCUUAAGGCAAAUCGCACCUGCCCUAUCUGCAGAGCUGAUGCUUCAGAAGUACAUCGUGAUUCAGAAUGACCAGUCUAAGAGCACAAUUCUACUUUGGGUGUUCCUAGUCACAUGUGUAUAUAUAUAUGAACUCUCCAUUGAACUUAACCCGUGUGGCUUUCAGCCUUCCCUUUACACAAAAGGGUCAAUGGACCUCUCUUUGCACUGUGUGAUUUAAUCAACUAUAAAGCUUAUACUUAGUCUUCACAAUUAUGGGAUUGUUAUACUAACUGUGUGAUUGGAACUCCAAAGAUAUUUUUUUUUUCUUUUAGCUUAAUUUCGUGUGUGCACUAACAUUCCCUGGGUUUUGUGUGAUCAUUCCGAGUGUUGCUGCGAGAUUACAGUGGAACGUAAUCCAGCAUGUGCUUUUAUAUUAAAAAUGAAAAGAAAAGUGGGAGCUCCAAACAAUAUAGCAAUCUACCUUAUAUAGAGCCUUCAAAUACUGUGAGUGGGAAUAAAUGGUGCGGGGUGGUUGCGUUGAUCGCAGGGUGUGUGUGUAUGCGGGUGAGCAAGUGUUUGGACGGUAGUGUGCAAGAGGACUUAUAUACCAGCAUGUACUGAGGAUGUAAGUGUGUAGUAUUAAUUAUGCUGCAAUGUAUAAUCUUGUGUGUUAUUUAAACAGUACUAGUACUGUACACUGGUUUCUUUCCUUGUGUUUGCAGUUGCACACUGAAUGCUAAGGGUGCAGCAAUUAUAGACAUUUGGUAUUCCCCCUGCCUACAGUUAAUAGUAUAAAAGGGCCUUUUUGCUCUUAUUCAGAGAAAUAUUAUGCUUCCCAUUAAUUGGAGAUACUAUGUCCGCCAUUAUAGAACAUAUUGAAUUCUCAGUUACUAAAAAUAAUUAGCCUUGUUUUUAGGCUGCUGGAAUUUCCACAUUUUUUAAAUGUGCAGCUCACUGCUAACUUUAUAAGGAGUUGCAGCAUUGCACAGUCAGGUAGCAAUAUUAAAUAUUCUCAACUGGUGACUGACAGUUAAUCUCCUCUCUUCCUUCUUAAAUUCUUCCAACCAAUAUUAGUUCUUUUCUGUUGAAUUUUGAAACUGGGUUUUAUUUGAAAAAGUGAAGAUGUCUUUUGGUUUUUUUUUAUCCAUUUUUGUCCAUAAAAAUUUAAAGUGAGAGGAUCUUGGAGAGUCUGUGCAAAUGUUGGCAACAUACCCGCUUAAAUACACAAUUUAGCAUACAAACGCUGGCACUAAUUCACAUUCCUUGCCAUACUCAGGCAAACAUGUACAAUUAAAAUAACUUAAAGAGAGAGAUCCGGUUCACAUGUAAUGAUGACAAAUGGUGGGUUAAUUAAUUAAUUCGCCAUGGUGUAUGCCAUGUACAUUCUGCAGCCAUUUUGAAUAUUCAACCCCUGUUGGGGUUGGGGGUUGCUAUGUGACUUUCAAACUCAGACAUUAUGGGGCUGUUCAGACAACAUGCUAAGCCAUGGUUAGGCCACAAAACCUUUUUAAUGGAUAGUGAGCAUGCUUAAACUGUGGUUAUGCAGCAGCAUGGUUAGGAAUGGUUCACAUGGCACGCUAAGUCAUGGUUCACAUGACAUUGCUAAGCCAUAAUGUUUAGCUCAAAAUGCUUAACUACUGUGACUUAGCAUGUCAUCUGAAAAGGGUCAAAAGUUUAAUCUUGGGUUAAGCAACUUAUAGUUAAUCUACAAUUAGUAGUUAGGUUAACUAUGGGUUGUUUAACUCAUGAUUAACUGGGUUCAGAAUAACUUUACAUAGCAAUCCCCAAUUGGGGGUUAAAUAUUCAAAAAGGUUGCAGAACAUGGCUGGCACAUCCUAUGGCAAAUCAAGGGGUAAUUAACCCAUGAUUUGCUGCCAUUACAUGUGAUCAGCCUGAGAGAGGGAACCAAGUCUUUAACCUUGUGAACAAAAUUAAACCCUUAGCACUUUUUUUAGAGCUAGAACAUGUGGUUUUCCCCACCUCAGCCAUGGUACCAUGUUAAUACUUUACUGCCUGCCAAAAAUGUCACAGGAUAAAGUUUCUAGCCCGCUGUACAUGGUAGCAGGCUUUUAUGUGAUGUUGGGGCUUCCUCAGUGUUGUAUGGAUAGUAUGAAGAAUAUUCAAGAAUGGGCUGGUAUAUGAAAUCAGUGGAAAAACUACUAAAUGCUGUGAAUCUGGAGUUGACCUCCUUUCAAUUGCCUUCUGAAUAAUGUAUUGGGGAAAAUUGGCAUCAUUUGACAUUUCAAGUUUGGCGUUUUUAACUUUUUUCCCAGUACACAACUGUCUGCACAUGACUACCACGUAUCUCUUGGAGAAAUACACUUAUUUGUGGAUUCUUUUGCUUUUCUCCUACGUCUUCAGCACCGUAACGUUCAGGUUGCAACAGCACAAGCCCUGCUUCUAGCAAUAUUGCUGCAACCUGCUGUCAGUUGGCUUUUAAGUUCCUUCUGUGUCCUUUCUGAUGCUUUUGUAUGCUGCUAUGUGUCAAGUCUUGUUUAUUCCUCCAGGACAGUGUUGGUUAUGAAUCAUCCUUCUUUCUGAAGGCUCUGCUGACCAAUCACAGCUUGUGGUUUUUGCAAAAUUAAAAAGCACAAUUCCCAUUCCACCCCUUUUGUUUCAGAUACGAUUUGCCUCUAUAGUUGCUUAGUCUGUCCUUUAGGGUGAAGAACUUAAUGCUAAUGAAGCAGUUUCGUAUACUGUGUGUGGCAGAUUUACGAUGGUUACCAUUUUUCUCUCAACGUGUUCUAAGGAAAUGUCUCAACAUGUCAAAAAGGUUAAAUUGCACAUAGUAAAUUUUAUUUUUUUAAGUAAACAAAAUCGUGGGUUGGGAGGUGGGUGGAACGCCACACGUGUUUUACAGUACUUUGAGUCUUUUUUAUAUUGCUGGACAAAAGAAUUUUUUUUACCUGUACAAAUCUAAACGUAACACUAUCCCAACUCAAUGUCCACUGUCAAAAGCAUAGAAAUAAGGCACUUUCUUGUAACAGAGUGGCAAGGCACAUAAUACCUAAUUCUGAGAAGUGGCUACUCAGUCCUGAAUCUGGGUCCACAUUGCAGGUCAGCACCUGGCCCUUAAUACUCAGUUUCAGUUGAGCAAGACUAUUGGUGGAUGGAGAGGGCUGAAGUAGAAACUACUUUGGUAGUAAACUGAAGUUAAUUGUUGCACUUCUGUAGCUGAUCUCUGCUUUGAAUGACUUCUGUUUGCAUGGGACUCUUGCAUAUGUGUCUGGAUUUGCUUCCUGUGGUUAAGUGUGAUUGAGACCACAAAUGCAUGUGUUCUGAACCAGUUCGGGCUGGCUGCAAUGGAAUUCUUAACCCACUGCUGCUGGCAGACGAGAAGAGGAUUCAUGCUCAGCCAUUAACUGCCAUGUGUUAUGCACAUUUGUGCAUCCAAUUCAGGGGUGAACACUUUUUGGGGGGUCGUGGGACCAUUUUCGCCCCCUGUGGGCUGCACUCUAUAGGGCCCUGGAGGGGGAAAAAACAGUGGUUUCCUGCUGAAGUUCAAUAGCAAACCACUACAGUGUGCUAAAAGGGUCAAUUUUAGAACAAGCUAAAGUUGACCUUUUAAACUCUUCAAAAAGCACUAAAACCACCAGUUUCCCCCCUUGCUGCUGCCAAAUUUGGUGGUGGGGGGCUCCAUGUGGCUUGUGUGUUGCCCAACUCUGACCUAAUUCCACAGCCCUCAUUGAUGCGUGACAGCACCAGAUUACGUUGGGUAGCCUUUUCCCUUCUUCUCCCUACUUCUCCCACUAAAGGAAGGAAGAAAAAGUUGGCUUUAUCAUGUUGGCACUGCUGUGGUUUUAUUUGCAUGAAUUGUCAACUUAAUUUGAGCUCCUGGCCUUUUUUUUUU